AUGUUUUGUCGCUUGUCCAAAUAUUCUGCCCAUUCGGAAGAUAAGUGUGGCAAUUACUAUGUAGUCAGCGACCUCAAAGUCGAAAGAGACGUGCCUUAUCGAUGGGGUGGCGGCCGCGGGGCCCGGCGGACAGCGCAUGCAUUUCACGCGCGGCCGCUCCGAGCCCAUCUAUACCUGACGUUGACGCUCGCGAUCUUAUUACCGAGCCGUCGAGAAAAAAAAACAAAGGAAGCGGCGGCGAGCGGUGCGGCCUCGGAGAUUUAUGGAGGCGCGGCGCCGCCGGGGGCCGUUGUGUCCCCGAAUCGCGCUCGCGGCUUCCAGGAAGCGCGAUGCGGGCGAGGGUUGGCUUGCACAGCGAAUAUUGAUUACCCACUGGUCGUACUAUUAAUAGGAGGUCGGUUGACGUCGCCCGGUGGGAGUUCACCCGCUCUGUCCGCACUCGACCCACGCGAGCUGAGUACGUUCGCCUUUCCGGCGUCCAUUUCGCUAAUUGCCUCAAGCCGCACCGGCCUCACGGUUCUUAGUGCUGUGUGUACUAACUAA